ACCUGUGCUGUACUUUUUCACUUUGUAAGAUCUAUAAAUACUCUCUUAUUCGGCGGCCAUAAGUGAAUAAGACAGCGCCCAGAUUUUUGUACAGAAGAAAGAAAGCGUAGCGCGUGGGGAUGGAAAUGAAGCCAGACGGUGCGCUUGCAGAAGCAACAGGGAACAUGCCGUCGUCCAUGGCUGAAGCUGGAGCUGGUGGCUUGCCAAGCCUGAAAUCUCCCAUUCCCUACCUCUUCGGUGGCUUAGCCAUCAUUCUCACCCUCAUAUCAUUCGCCUUGCUUAUCCUGGCUUGUUCUCAUCGCAAACAUUCCUCUUCCUCUUCUUCUCAAGAGCGAGAGAGCAAGACGGUGGAUGUGGAUGGUGUGGUGAAUUCAGAGCCAAAUAUAGUGGUCAUUAUGGCUGGAGAUACUAAUCCUACUUUCUUAGCCAAGCCACUACCUUCAACAUCUACCACCCAUCCGACUCACCAAUCGGUGUAAGGAGUCUCCGAGAUGAUCAAGAAAAAAUGAUAAUUAUCUUAUCCAAUGUAUUGACAUGACUCUUUCAGUCUUAAUCCUCCUCCUCCUCUAGUUUUUAUGAAAGUGUAAUGUUUCAGGUUGAUUUGAGGGAAGAUGUAAAUGGAAGCGUGGAGUGUUCAGAUAUUGUUUUUGUCCGUCUAGAUCCAGAAGACAGGUUUUUGGGGUCCAUCACGUAAUUAAUUCAUUGUUGGGGGUCUCUUGAAUAGUGAGAACAAGAGAUGUCUCGCUAUCGGAUAUAGUACUAUAUCAACCUGGGAUUUGAUUAUCUCCGAAUAUUUACUAUAAGAUUAUUAACAAUAUUUGAUCUAUGCGGCUGCAAUCACGCAAGAGAUAUACAUAUAUAUCGUAUGAUGAAACGAACGCCGAAACUUAUCCAGAACCAGCUGGUAGGUGAAAGCAACAUCUUUCCCUUUUAGAAAUGGCUUGAUUAUAUUGCAGCAGAAUUUUUCCUUAUGUGAGAGAGAGAGAGAGAGAGAGAGAGAAUUAUUAAAGAUGGAGAAGCGUGUGCGCGUGGAUUUGGUGGGAAGGGCAAAGAUAGGAUGGGCAGAAAGUGAGAAACGGAAAACUUGUUUGUAAACGGCGAGAGAACAUAUCGGAAAAGACAAGGUGAUAUUAAUUCGCCGCUUCGACUUGAGCUGUGGCGGUGGCCAGUGGCCAUUCUAAAAU